AUGAUCUCAGUCACCCCAUACAACAUCGCCGUUCCGGAUGAGAAACUGCAACAGCUCCGCCAUAAGCUGGAAUAUACUACCUUCCCGGAUGAGCUCGAGGGUUCGGAGUGGGACAUGGGCGUUCCCCUCCACGAAAUCAAGAGACUUAUUGCCGUGUGGCAUAAUGAUUUUGACUGGCGUACCCAAGAGCGGAAGCUCAAUGAGCAACUCAAACAAUUCAACGUUCGAGUAGGAGUAGAAGGCUUCGGAGAACUGGAUAUACACGCCGUGCAUCAUCGGAGCGGAAAUUCAAAAGCAAUCCCAUUGCUUUUUAUACACGGGUGGCCCGGCAGCUUCCUCGAAGCCGCCAAGCUUAUCCCACUACUCACUAAUAGCGGGGAUGGCCCAAUAUUCGAUGUCGUGGCACCUUCAUUGCCAAAUUUUGGAUUCUCGCAGGGUGUCAAGAAGAGAGGAUUUGGGCUGGCACAGUAUGCAGAAACUCUACACAAAGUGAUGAUCGCACUAGGCUACGAAAAAUACGUUAUUCAAGGAGGUGACUGGGGAAGUAUUAUUGCCCGUACCAUGUCUCAGUACUACCCUGAACACACCCAAGCCAUCCAUCUGAACUUCAUUCCCGUCAUGCCACCCUAUCCAUGGCGAAGCCCCUAUCAGUUUUUCAAAUCACUGUUAUCUGUACCUUUCUCAGCAAAAGAUCGUGGCUACAUUGCCCGGACAUUGGGAUAUGUCACCAGCGGCAACGCAUACAUGAAACAGCAAUCAACUCGACCACAAACUCUAGGGUAUGGACUUCACGAUAGUCCUGUCGGGUUAUUAGCUUGGAUCUAUGACAAAAUGCAUUCUUGGUCUGACAAGUACCCCUGGACGGAUGAGGAGAUCUUGACCUGGGUUAGUAUAUAUUACUUCUCCACCGCUGGGCCAAUGGCGUCGACGAGGAUCUACUACGAGGCUUCAGCGCCAAAGGGUAGUGGAAGUGCGACGAUCUCGGAGGAUGACGCUCAGGAGGAGCCGGUGAAAAAGAUAGACCUGAAUUACAUGUCGGCUGAACAAGUUCUCGAGGCUCGGGCACCGCAGAAUGUGUGCUUUGCGGUGGCACAGUUCCAUGAGGAGAUUGUUAUGUGGCCUAUGGCGUGGUAUCGAUCAAUUGGGAACAUUGUGCAGGAAACAGAGUAUGAUCGUGGUGGUCAUUUUGCGGCCUGGGAAGUGCCUGAUCUAUUGGCUUCUGAUAUCAAAAAGUUCCUAGGGAAUAAUGGGCCAGCUUAUGGGGUGAUAGCAGACAGAGAUGGUUAUUGA